GAGGCGGGCCUGGGGGUGGCCGCGGCUGUCUCGGGACACUGGGGCCGCCCGCGCAGCCGGGCCAGAGCGGCCAGCAGCGGCCAGCGGCGGCCAGCGGCGGGACGCGCCAUGGGCUCCACGGAAUCAAUGAGGACCUAGGCCAUCUGUCUGCUGACUGUCCCCCGCAGACUGCAGUGCUCAUCAUGGCCCCCCGCAAGAGGAGCCGCCAUGGCCUGGGCUUCCUGUGCUGCUUUGGAGGCAGCGAACUUCCUGAGAUCAACCUUCGGGACAACAACCCUUUGCAGUACAUGGAGUUCUCCAGUCCCAUCCCGAACACUGAGGAGCUCAACGUUUGUUUUGCAGAGCUGGUGGAUGAAUUGGAUCUCACUGACAAGAACCGGGAGGCUGUGUUUGCCCUGCCCCCAGAGAAGAAAUGGCAGAUCUAUUGCAGCAAGAAGAAGGAGCAAGAAGAUCCCAACAAGAUGGCGACCAGCUGGCCUGACUUUUAUAUUGACCGCAUCAACUCCAUGGCUGCAAUUCAGAGCCUAUAUGCAUUUGAUGAGGAGGAUAUGGACAGGAGAAACCAGGUUGUGGAAGACUUGAAGACAGCUCUCAGAACACAGCCCAUGAGGUUUGUAACACGCUUCAUUGAGCUGGAGGGCUUGGCCUGUCUGCUGAAUUUUCUCCGGAGCAUGGACCACACCACCUGUGAGAGCCGCAUCCACACCUCCCUGAUCGGAUGCAUCAAGGCUCUGAUGAACAACUCCCAGGGGCGGGCGCAUGUGCUGGCACAGCCUGAAGCCAUCAGCACCAUUGCACAGAGCCUGCGCACAGAGAACAGCAAGACCAAGGUGGCAGUGCUGGAGAUACUGGGUGCCGUGUGCCUCGUGCCCGGUGGCCACAAGAAGGUACUGCAGGCCAUGCUCCACUACCAGAUGUAUGCUGCUGAGAGGACACGCUUCCAGACCCUGCUGAAUGAGCUAGAUCGAAGUCUGGGCCGCUACAGGGAUGAAGUGAACCUGAAAACAGCCAUCAUGUCCUUCAUCAACGCUGUUCUCAAUGCAGGAGCUGGAGAGGAUAAUCUGGAGUUCCGCCUCCAUCUGCGCUACGAGUUCCUGAUGCUGGGAAUACAGCCUGUGAUUGACAAGCUCCGGCAGCAUGAGAAUGCCAUCCUGGAUAAGCAUUUAGAUUUUUUUGAGAUGGUCCGAAAUGAGGAUGACCUGGAGCUAGCCCGGAGGUUUGACAUGGUCCACAUCGACACCAAAAGUGCAUCCCAAAUGUUUGAGCUGAUCCACAAGAAGCUGAAGCACACCGAGGCCUACCCCUGCCUGCUGUCCGUGCUGCACCAUUGCCUGCAGAUGCCCUACAAACGCAAUGGGGGCUACUUCCAGCAGUGGCAGCUCCUGGACCGCAUCCUCCAGCAGAUUGUCCUGCAGGAUGAGAGGGGCAUGGACCCAGACUUGGCUCCCCUGGAGAACUUCAAUGUCAAGAACAUCGUUAACAUGCUCAUCAAUGAGAAUGAAGUGAAACAGUGGCGAGAACAGGCAGAAAAUUUCCGGAAAGAACACUUGGAGCUGGUGAGCAAACUGGAGAGGAAGGAGCGAGAAUGUGAGACAAAGACCUUGGAGAAGGAAGAGAUGAUGCGAACGCUGAACAAGAUGAAGGAUAAGCUGGCUCGAGAAUCCCAGGAGCUGCGCCAGGCUCGAGGACAAGUGUCAGAGCUGGUGGCCCAACUCAGUGACUGCUCGGCUAGACCUAUAUCUUCUUCACCUCCCCCAGGGGGCCCGCUUACUUUGCCUCCCCCUGUGACAACCAGCGACCUGCCUCCACCCGCACCUCCACUGCCAUUAGCCUGCUGCCCUCCCCCCCCACCACCCCUUCCACCUGGUAGUCAUCCCACCCCCCCAGGAGCCCCACCUUGCUUUAACCCGGACCGAACCCUCUCUUCAGACACCUUGCUCAGCAGUGAAAUUCCACUCAGGAAAAAGUGUGUACCCCAACCUUCCCAUCCGCUGAAGUCCUUCAAUUGGGUCAAGUUGAGUACGGAACGUGUUUCUGGAACCAUAUGGAAUGAGAUUGACGACAUGAAGGUGUUUCGGAUUCUGGAUCUAGAGGACUUUGAAAAAAUGUUCUCAGCUUAUCAGAGACAUCAGGAGCUGAUAACUAAUCCCUCUCAGCAGUUGCAGAAAGAGCUUGGGUCCAAUGAGGACAUCUACCUGGCCUCCCGCAAGGUCAAAGAACUUUCAGUCAUCGAUGGCCGGAGGGCUCAGAACUGCAUCAUCCUUCUCUCCAAGUUGAAGCUCUCAAAUGAAGAGAUCCGGCAGGCCAUUCUGAGGAUGGACGAACAGGAGGACCUGGCUAAGGACAUGCUGGAACAGCUGCUCAAGUUUAUCCCAGAGAAGGGUGACGUGGACCUUCUGGAAGAGCACAAGCAUGAGAUCGAGAGGAUGGCCCGAGCUGACCGCUUCCUGUAUGAAAUGAGCAGGAUUGACCACUACCAGCAACGACUACAGGCUCUCUUCUUCAAGAAGAAGUUUCAGGAGCGGCUGGCUGAGGCCAAACCCAAAGUGGAAGCCAUCCUGCUGGCCUCCCAGGAGCUGAUCCUCAGCAAGCGUCUGAUGCGGAUGCUGGAGGUCGUACUCGCCAUCGGCAACUUCAUGAACAAAGGGCAGCGCGGGAGCGCCUACGGGUUCCGGGUGGCCAGCCUCAACAAGAUCGCUGACACCAAGUCCAGCAUUGACAGAAACAUCUCUCUGCUCCAUUACCUGAUAAUGAUCCUGGAGAAGAACUUUCCGGACAUCUUGAACAUGCCCUCAGAGCUGCAGCAUCUUCCAGAAGCUGCCAAAGUCAACCUGGCAGAGCUGGAGAAGGAGGUGAGCAACCUCAGGAUGGGGCUCAGAGCUGUCGAGGUGGAACUGGAGUAUCAGAAACACCAGCUUCGGGAGCCGAAUGACAGGUUCGUCCCAGUCAUGAGUGACUUCAUCACUGUCUCCAGCUUCAGCUUCUCAGAGUUGGAAGAUCAACUCACUGAGGCCAGGGAUAAGUUCUCCCAGGCCCUGAUGCACUUUGGGGAGCAUGACAGCAAGAUGCAGCCAGAUGAAUUCUUCGGAAUCUUUGACACUUUCCUGCAGGCCUUCUUAGAGGCCCGGCAGGACCUGGAGACCAUGAGGAAGAAGAAGGAGGAGGAGGAGAGGCGAGCACGGAUGGAGGCCAUGCUGAAGGAGCAGCGGGAGCGGGAGCGUUGGCAGCGGCAGCGGAAGGUGCUGGCGGGCAGCGCGCUGGAGGAGGGCGGCGAGUUCGACGACCUGGUGUCCGCCCUGCGCUCCGGGGAGGUUUUCGACAAGGACUUAAACAAGCUCAAGCGCAGCCGCAAGCGGUCUGGGAGCCAGGCCCUGGAAGCCACCCGGGAGCGAGCGAUUAAUAGGCUAAAUUAUUGACCGGGGACCUGCGGGGGCGGGACCGGCCUUGGGGGCCCGACUGGAGGGGCGAGGGGAGUUGCCUGCGAC